AUGGAGAUGGAGUGUGGGAGGAAAAUUGCACAAGAACAUGGCCAGGGAUUCAGGGAAGCUGAAGAAGCUGUGGGCCAAGCUACUGCCCCAAAGAGGUUCAGUAGGAGCUGGUGGAACUGGGUUCUGCUUUAUGCCAGGAAGGUGAAGCAGCAGAUCCAUGACAAUGUGAAUGAGCCCCAGCAGCACCUGACAUUAUGCCAACCAUCUGAAUCUCUAACUGAAGAAUUGGAGUCUGUAACCAAUGAGCUACAUGCAGUAGACAUUCAAAUUCAGGAACUUCUGGAAAAGCAACAAGAGCUUAUUCAGAAAAAGAACAUCCUAACAAACCAAAUAAAGCAGCAUUUUGAGGAUUCUGAUGCUGGAGAAAGCAGUGAAUGGGAUUCUUCACCUGCUGCUUGGAAUAAAGAAGAUUUUCCCUGGUCUGGUAAAGUUAAAGAGGUUCUGCAAAAUGUCUUUAAACUGCAGAGGUUCAGACUGCUUCAGCUUGAAACUAUUAAUGUAACAAUGUCUGGAAAGGAGGUAUUUCUUGUUAUGCCUACAGGAGGUGGAAAGAGCUUAUGCUACCAGUUACCAGCAUUAUGUUCAGAUGGUUUUACCCUUGUGAUUUGCCCAUUGAUCUCUCUUAUGGAAGACCAGUUAAUGGUUUUAAAACAAUUAGGAAUUUCAGCUACCAUGUUAAAUGCUUCUAGUCCUAAGGAGCAUGUGAAAUGGGUUCAUGCUGAAAUGGUAAAUAAAAAUUCCAAGCUAAAGCUAAUUUAUGUGACUCCAGAGAAAAUUGCAAAAAGCAAAAUGUUCAUGUCAAGACUAGAGAAAGCCUAUGAAGCGAGGAGAUUUACCCGAAUUGCUGUGGAUGAAGUUCACUGCUGUAGCCACUGGGGACAUGAUUUCAGACCUGAUUACAAGGCACUGGGUAUCUUGAAGCGGCAGUUCCCUAACACGGCCUUAAUCGGGCUGACGGCAACCGCAACUAGCCAUGUUUUGAAGGAUGCCCAGAAAAUACUGUGUGUGGAAAAGUGUUUUACUUUCACAGCUUCUUUUAAUCGGCCAAAUCUUUAUUAUGAGAUUCGGCAGAAGCCCUCCAACACUGAAGAUUUUAUCGAGGAUAUUGUAAAGCUCAUCAAUGGGAGAUACAAAGGGCAAUCAGGAAUCAUAUAUUGCUUUUCUCAGAAAGACUCUGAGCAAGUUACAGUUAGUUUACAGAAACUGGGAAUUCAGGCAGGUGCAUACCAUGCCAAUAUGGAACCAGAAGAUAAGACCAAGGUUCAUAGAAGAUGGUCAGCCAAUGAAAUUCAGGUAGUGGUGGCCACGGUUGCAUUUGGUAUGGGAAUUGAUAAACCAGAUGUGAGAUUUGUUAUCCAUCAUUCAAUGAGUAAAUCUAUUGAAAAUUAUUACCAAGAGAGUGGACGUGCAGGUCGAGAUGACAUGAGGGCGGACUGUAUUUUGUAUUAUGGCUUUGGAGAUAUAUUCAGAAUAAGUUCAAUGGUGGUGAUGGAAAAUGUGGGACAACAGAAGCUUUAUGAGAUGGUGUCAUACUGUCAAAACAUAAGCAAGUGUCGCCGUGUAUUGAUAGCUCAACAUUUUGAUGAAGUAUGGAAUUCAGAAGCAUGCAACAGAAUGUGUGAUAACUGUUGUAAAGACAUUUCGUGUGAAGUAAAGAAUGUAACAGCAUACUGCAGAGAUCUAAUCAAGAUUUUGAAGCAGGCAGAGGACCUGAAUGAAAAGCUAACUCCACUGAAACUGAUGGAUUCUUGGAUGGGAAAGGGGGCAGCAAAAUUGAGAGUGGCAGGCGUUGCUCCUCCCCAACUUCCUCGUGAAGACCUGGAGAAAAUUAUUGCACACUUUCUUCUACAGCAGUAUCUUAAAGAAGACUACAGUUUUACAGCUUACGCUACCAUUUCAUAUUUGAAAAUAGGACCUAAAGCUCAUCUUCUAAAUAAUGAGGCACAUGUUAUUACCAUGCAAGUAAAGAAGCCCACACAGAGUUGUUUCAAGACUGAAUCAUCUGAAACUUGUCAUUCUGAAGGAGCUGAUAAAAGGAGGGAAGAAAAAAAUUCAGGUAACUUCCAGAAGUCUGCAAACAUGCUUCAGCGAUCUAAGAAUACAGGGACUAAAAAAAGAAAAAUUGAUGAUGCAGGAGAUGAGUGUUUCUAA